AUGGCAAGGAUCAGGCUGUUUCUCCUCCUGCUACUGGCCCUGCCACCAAAGUCCUCCUCACUGCCAUGGCCAGACACUGCACAGGGCACCAUGGCCAGCUUGAUCCUGACUGCGUUAGAAAAAGCCACCUUGUUCCUGGAGGACAGGCUGCCCACAAUCAACCUGGACGGUGCAGUGGGAUUCCAAGUGCUGGAAGUGCAACUUCGAGGAGUCCAGGAAAAAUGGACUCACAACCCCUUGCUGCAGCCACUCAGCUUGCGCACUGGACAGCUGGCCAACACACUGUCUGCUCUCCUCCAAAAAUCCAUCUUCUACCUCAAGCAGAGUGACCCCACAUACCUAAGAGAGUUCCAGCCGAGCAUUCAGCCUGGGUUUUGGAAGUUACCCCAUGCCUGGACACGCACCAAUGCCUCCCUGGUCUACCCCUGGCUGGAGCCCCUGGACUCUUUCUCAGAGGAAAGCAGCGAUGCGUGCCUGGUACAACUGCUAGGAACCGGGACAGACAGCAGCCAGCCUUGCAGGCUCUCCAACUUCUGCAGAACCCUUAUGACCAAGGCCGGCUGCUCAGGCUACAGCCUCUCCCAUCAGCUGCUCUUCUUCCUCUGGGCCAGAAUGCAAGGGUGCACGGAGGGGCUGUUCCUCCAGAGCCAGCGCUACAUGGACAUCUUCUGUGCCAAUAUGAUGGACCUGAACCAGAGAGCUGAGGCCAUUGGAUAUGCCUACCCCACCCAGGACCUCUUCAUGGAAAACAUUAUGUUCUGUGGUAUGGCCGGCUUCUCUGACUUCUACAAGCUGCGCUGGCUGGAGGCCAUUCUCAGCUGGCAGAACCCCGAGGUCGGAUGCUUCGGGAAGCCUGAUACAAAGGGUGAACCUUCUGAAGUUCCACAAGAGCAGGGCAUUCUGAGAAGAGUGCGAAGGCGGGAAAAACUGUUCGCAGAUGGCUGUUCUUGCCACAACACAGCCACUGCAGUUGCAGCCCUGGGUGGCUUUCUCUACAUCCUGGCAGAAUACCACCCAGACAAUGGAGAUGCAUAUCCAGAAUACUACCCAAACAAUGGAGAGCCAUAUCCAUCCACACAGUCACCAGCAGGCAACUACUAA